AUGAACCACGGCUACCCGCCCCCGCGCGCCAUGGUGCCCCCAGGCGGGCCCAGCCAGCGCCUGAACGAGCUGCUGGACAACAUCCGGACCGAGUUCGAGACGGAGUCGCAGCGCAGCGUCGACUACGAGGGCCAGAUCUCGCGCCACAUCCAGGAGAUUGAGCUGAUCCGCAGCAAGGUGUACUCGCUCGAGAGCCAGCACAACCAGAUGAAGGCCAAAUACGAGGACCGCAUCGCCCAGCUCGAGCGCGAACUGGAGCAGCGCGGCGGCCCUAGCCAGAGCGCGCACCACCACGGCGGCCCCUCGCAGCCCCAGCCGCCGCAGAUUGGCCACGGGCCCAGCAAUCUGUUUGGCGGCAUCAUGGCCGGCAGCGCCAGCCAGGGCGGGCCAGGCCUCGCGCCGCCGCCCCAGGACGCGAACCCUGCCCACGGCAUGCCUCCACAGCUCGGCGGAGGCCCGCAAGGCCCGCCCGGCCUCAACCCAGCGCCAGGCCCGCCGCAGCACUUUGGCGGCUACCAGCCUGGACCCGCGGCCAACGGCUACGGCCAGCCCCCGCAGCCCACGGCGUCGCCCAGCGGCAAGCGCCCUGGCCCCCCUCGCGGUCCUCCGGGCGGCCCUGCGACGCCGCAGCAGAACAACCCGGCCCCCUACCCCGGCUCGCCCCAGAUCCCGCGCCCCACGCCUCCUCCGCACCACCAGCCAAGCGCGCUCAUGGCCGCACACCAGGCGCCGGUGCCGCUGGCGCAGUCCAACUGCCUGGCGGAUCUGGACGUCGAGCAGCUGCCCGCGCAGUACAAGCGCGAGGGCGACGACUGGUACGCCGUCUUCAACCCGCGUGCCAGGCGUGUGCUCGACGUCGACCUGAUCCACAACCUGCCGCACCAGAGCGUCGUCUGCUGCGUGCGCUUCAGCCUCGACGGCCGCUACGUCGCCACGGGGUGCAACCGGUCGGCGCAGAUCUUCGACGUCGAGACGGGCAACCCGGUCGCCCACCUGCAGGACGGCAGUCUGCCCGAGGACGGCGACCUGUACAUUAGGAGCGUGUGCUUCAGCCCCAACGGGCAGUACCUGGCGACCGGUGCCGAGGACAAGGUCAUCCGCGUGUGGGACAUUCAGACGCGCACCAUCAAGCACCAGUUCACCGGCCACGAGCAGGACAUUUACAGCCUGGACUUUGCGCGCAACGGCCGCAUCAUCGCCUCGGGAUCGGGCGACCGCAGCGUGCGGCUCUGGGACCUCGAGUCCAACAGCCAGAUUGCCAACUUCUCGAUUGAAGACGGCGUCACCACCGUCGCCAUCUCGCCCGACAACCUCUACGUCGCCGCGGGCUCGCUCGACAAGAGCGUGCGCGUCUGGGACAUACAGAGCGGCCAGCUCGUCGUGCGUCUCGAGGGCCAGGAAGGCCACAAGGACAGCGUGUACAGCGUCGCAUUCGCUCCCUCGGGCGGCCGUCUCGUGUCGGGCUCGCUCGACAAGACGAUCAAGAUGUGGGAGCUGACGACGCCGACGCGGUUCGUGCCCGGCAACGCGCCGAGCGGCAAGUGCGUGCGCACGUUUGAGGGCCACAAGGAUUUUGUGCUCAGCGUCGCGCUGACGCCGCACGGCGACUGGGUCCUGUCCGGCUCCAAGGACCGCGGCGUGCAGUUUUGGGAUCCGCACACGGGCGUCGCCCAGCUCAUGCUGCAGGGCCACAAGAACUCGGUCAUCUCCGUCGCGCCCUCGCCCACGGGCGGCGUCUUCGCCACGGGCUCCGGCGACAUGCGCGCCCGCAUCUGGAAGUUUGACCGCUACAACGGCCCCUAG